UCACGACUUCACCUACGCAGAUGGAAAAAUACGAAAUUGGAAGAAAAAAUUUGCUGAUUUGCUUGGAUUGACAGAACUGUUCCCUAGGUUUUGAAUUUUUUUAAAUUGAUUUUUGUGAAUAUAUCUGAUAAAUCUUAGAGAUUUAAGCUUCUGGUAGUUAGAUUUCACAGUAAAGUUUGAGUCUUGUAAUGUUGAUUGAGCUCGUUUCUUGCUAUCGUUCUCUCAUUGGAAACCAUAAAAAUUGAAACUUUGUGUAAUUCCUAAGCUAAUAAUACGUAAGUGGAAUGUGGAUUUUAUUUAGUCUCUAGUUUCUUCAAGAAUUAACUCUUUGAUAGGUUAAGUAAGGUUUGGUACUUGUGAGAAUUUUGAUUUUUCAUGUCCUGUUUUGAUUGAUUAGAUGGUGCAUUACUGUGUGUGAUCAAGAUUGCUUAAAAGAAAUGGGUUUAGCGGGUUGUGUUGGUAGUUCUCCUCUUGUAUCUAUGGAACUGAGGUGGGCAAGAAGAAGAAACUCUGAUGAUGCUGCAUCGGCAUUGCCUCGAUCCAUACCUGUUUAUCUCUCUACGUUGAAGAAAGACAUAAAUAUAGAGGAAUUGAGGAAUCUGUAUUCACUUUGUAACCACUCUUGCAACCGUUUGUCCGAGAAUGGCAGCAGCAACGUCGAGAAGAUUGUUGACAUGAAAAAGCUGCGUACAGCUAUCUCCCGUAGUGAUGUUGUUGUCUCUGUGUUUUGCAAACCUCGUCACGCGGAUCUUCAUGAUGCGGUUUUGUACUCUGAGGAAGGAAGUUUGUCUUCUUCUUUGUAUCCUUCAGAGUUUAGGAGACAGAAUAAGGAUGAGAGUUCCCUGGGAGACUUGUUGCAGAAUGCGAUACCUCUCACUCCUUCUACUGGACAGCUUGUUGGAUUCGGUCGUGCUUAUUCUGAUCAUGGCUUGACUGCUUCUAUCCAUGAUCUAAUGGUUUUACCUUCACUUCAACGGAUGGGAAUUGGUAGACUGAUAGUUAACAGAAUUGUCAGGCAUCUCACAAGCAGAGACAUCUACGACAUAGCAGCUCUCUGCUUCGAGGAUGAAAGGUACCUACCAUCAUUACCUCUGAGACAACUAAUCCUCAUCCUUAGCAACUUGCCAUUCUUCAAAGCCUGUGGGUUUGGAGAUGACAGGAUGGGCUCCACGACGAUGAUGUUCACGAAGAGCUUGGAGAUGUAAACCUCAAGCGAGAAGCGAGAAGGCCAUUGGAUUUUCAGAAACUGCAGGUCAAAGCAAGUUGAAUGAUCUCUAAAACCUUGUUUGAAACUCUCUGAUGAUGAUCAAAGGAAAAGGUCAAAGAUUCAUUGUCUUUCUUGCAUUUGGAUUUGAUAUCUAGUGGUUACUCUCUCUCUCUUGUUCACCUUAAGUAGUUAAGUUGCAAUGAAGAAUAGGUAACUUUCGUCUGUUUUGGUA